CUAAACUGUACGAAACCCUAUUACAUCUCCGUCACACCAAAUCAAACCUCCCCUUUCCUUCCAGCUCGAACCUCUUGAGACUUCCAAAAAACCCACGGCCUCUGCAACCAUUUCGUCAAAAAAAAAAAAAUCUAGAUUUGUUUUGGGGGAGAGAACUGAUGAGUUCCUGAUGUUUAUAAAUGGAGGAGAUUAAUUAAUUGAUUGAAAAAGAAAAAAAAAAAGGAAAGAUCAGAUUAUGGAUGUUGAGAGAUCAUCGCUGUGCAAUUGCGUAGUGAAUUUUCUACUAGAAGAAAAUUACUUGUUAACGGCAUUUGAAUUACUCCACGAGCUUCUUGACGAUGGCCGUGACGCUCAAGCUAUUCGUCUUAAGGAAUUUUUUGCGGAUUCUUCUCAUUUUCCUGCUGAUCAGAUCUCUCGCUACAACUCUCUUCGAGUUGUAGACCCUCAGAGUUUGCUAGAAGAGAAAGAAGCAAUAGAAGAAAAGUUAGCAGUUAGUGACUAUGAACUGCGUUUAGCUCUAGAAGACAUUAUGAAACUCAAGACAGAAUUACAGAGGAAAGCAGAUCUCCCUCAGGAUAAAUUGAGUGAGUCAAGUGCGAGCAAUUCUGUAAAUCAUGCACCGGGGAUCAGUCGGCAAAAAAGAGAUGCUCCCUUCUCAGAUUUAGGCCCAUUGAAGGCUAAUGAGCGUAAAGAUCUUAAUUACGCAGUAAAGGAAUAUUUGCUGAUAGCUGGAUAUCGACUAACUGCAAUGACAUUUUAUGAGGAGGUUACAGACCAGAACUUAGAUAUUUGGGAAAACUCACCAGCAUGUGUACCUGAUGCCUUACGCCAUUAUUAUUAUCAGUACCUGUCAUCAACUUCAGAAGCUGCUGAGGAGAAAAUUUCUAUGAUUCGAGAAAAUGAGUUAUUACAAAAAGCGAAUGAAAGUUUAAAUCAUAAGAAUGAAUGCUUGACGAAAAACAAAAAUUUGGCUGAAGGUCAAAUGAAUGCAUUAACUAAAUCCUUGGAAGCUGCUCAGAAGGAUCUGAAGGACAAGGAAAAGCAGAUACAAGAUCUGAAGCAUGCCUGGGAGCACCAAAGGAAGGAACUGAAUGAUUGCAGGGCUGAAAUCACUUCUCUGAAAAUGCACAUCGAAGGAUCUCGUUCUGUACAAAUUUCAGCGGAUACUAAUGUCAACCCUGCUCAUUCAGGUGCCUUGGAAAGUUACGAAGAAGAAAUAAAGUCUUUGCAGAUGGAAAUUGAAAGAUUAAUGUCAAAGAGAACAAAUAUUCCAGAUUUAGAUGAUUCCAGCUUUGCUGAGAAAGAAUCAAUACAGACUGAGGAGAAAGUUGUUGAGAUGGAUGAAAAUAAAACUCUAAUCUCUCCAAUUGAACCAGCAGGAGAUAUAGACAGCAAUGCACAGUCACUGCCAGUCCAAACAUUUGAUAACAACACUCACAAGCCUGAAGAAAAUUUGCAAGAAUCAGUUACCAAUCCUUUGAACAAUUCUGAUGGUUUCCCAGAUGGUGGAAUCCUAUCCCAACAAGAUGAGAAAACACCACCAGAACGUAAUGGGUUCCAUUUAAAAUCGGAAAUCCUGGGCAAUGGACCUGCUCCUGAGAACAUGGGUUUGGGGACGAUUCAAAUCCUUGCAGAUGCCUUGCCCAAGAUUGUUCCUUAUGUGUUGAUCAACCAUCGGGAGGAACUUCUUCCACUGAUAAUGUGUGCUAUUGAGCGGCAUCCAGAUAAUGCCACUCGAGACUCGUUGACACACACACUCUUCAAUUUGAUUAAACGUCCAGAUGAACAGCAGAGGCGAAUUAUAAUGGAUGCAUGUGUUAGCCUUGCUAAAAAUGUAGGGGAGAUGAGAACGGAAACAGAAUUACUUCCCCAGUGCUGGGAACAAAUAAAUCACAUGUACGAGGAGCGCAGGUUGCUGGUUGCUCAAUCAUGUGGAGAGCUUGCUGAAUUUGUCCGACCUGAGAUUCGUGAUUCUCUUAUUUUAUCUAUUGUGCAACAACUGAUUGAAGAUCCCGCAACUGUUGUUCGAGAAGCUGCUGCGCACAACCUGGCCUUGCUGCUUCCACUCUUUCCGCUUAUGGAUAAAUAUUUCAAGGUUGAGGAGUUGAUGUUUCAAUUGGCCUGUGAUCCGUCUGGAGUGGUGGUGGAAACUACAAUAAAAGAACUACUUCCUGCAGUAAUAAAUUGGGGAAACAAGUUAGAUCAUAUUUUGCGAGUUCUACUCUCUCAUAUCUUAGGCUGUGCUCAGCGUUGCCCACCUCUUUCUGGAGUUGAAGGGUCAGUGGAGUCCCACCUGCGUGUUUUAGGUGAACGGGAGCGCUGGAAUCUUGAUGUUUUGUUAAGAAUGCUGGCUGAAUUGCUUCCUUAUGUGCAUCAGAAAGCCAUCGAGACAUGCCCAUUUUCCUCUGUUUCAGAGCCGAAUGGGACAAUAUUCUCCAGCUCUCUGCUUGAACUGUAUGCAGGGGGGCAUGUUGAAUGGCCUGCAUUUGAAUGGAUGCAUGUCGAUUGCUUUUCUGGUUUGAUACAGCUGGCUUGCUUGUUACCCCAGAAAGAGGAUAAUUUAAGAAACCGAACUACAAAGUUUUUGUUAGCUGUUUCUGAACAUUUUGGGGACGCUUAUUUGACGCACAUAAUACUGCCUGUAUUCUUGGUUGCGGUUGGUGAUGAUGCUGAUUUGACAUUUUUCCCUCCCAACAUUCAUUUGAGAAUCAAAGGUUUGCGCCCAAGAACAGCUGUGGCUGAGAGACUUGCUACUCUAUGUAUCCUGCCACUUCUCUUGGCUGGUGUCCUAGGAGGUCCUGGUAAGCGCGAACAGUUAGCAGACUACUUGAGAAAGCUAUUAGUUGAAGGUGCCAUGAAAGAGAAUCAGUCUACAUCACACAACAUUGAUGUUGUUAAUGCUGUCCGCUUCCUUUGCACAUUUGAAGAACAUCAUGGCAUGAUAUUCAAUAUUUUGUGGGAAAUGGUAGUAAGCUCUAAUAUAGAAAUGAAGAUCGGUGCUGCCAAUAUAUUGAAAGUCAUUGUGCCAUAUAUCGAUGCAAAAGUUGCCUCUACACAUGUUCUGCCUGCCUUGAUUACUCUUGGCUCUGACCAAAAUCUGAAUGUGAAGUAUGCAAGCAUAGAUGCAUUUGGAGCUGUGGCACAACAUUUUAAAAAUGACAUGAUUGUUGAUAAAAUACGUGUUCAAAUGGAUGCUUUUCUUGAAGAUGGAUCACAUGAAGCAACCAUUGCUGUGGUCCAUUCAUUAGUGAUAGCAGUUCCGCAUACAACAGAGAGACUUAGGGAUUAUCUAUUAUCUAAGAUUUUCCAACUGACAAGCAUGCCUGUUUCUGCAACUGAUGUGAUGCGUCGUCGACAGAGAGCUAAUGCAUUUUGUGAAGCCAUUCGUGCUGUGGAUGCAACAGAUGUUUCUGCAAAUAGCAUUCGGGAUUUCCUCCUACCCACCUUACAAAACUUGUUAAAAGACCCUGAUGCAUUAGAUCCAGCACACAAAGAAGCCCUUGAAAUAAUAUUGAAAGAAAGGUCGGGUGGGACUUUUGAGGCUUUGAGUAAGGUGAUGGGAGCUCACCUCGGGAUUGCAUCAUCAGUGACUAGUUUCUUUGGUGAAGGUGGGCUGCUAGGUAAGAAAGAAAGUACUGAACCACCAACAGAGGCAGUUGAAUCCCCAAAAGCUGUGGUGGCACCUGCACCAGCAGAGGAUACCAGAUUCAUGCGGAUCAUGAGAGUCACUGACAUGCUUAGAGGCAAAGCAAAGAACCAAGAAGAAACACACCAGUCCCAGUGAAAUCAAGUGAGACUGGUCUUUCCUUACUUCUAUAUGGGAUGAAUAUAUAUAUAUAUAUAUAUAUAUAUAUAUAUUUAAAAACUUUUUUCAUGUGGUAUAUGAGGAUGUUACUUAGUAGCACGAGAUCAUUUUUUUCAUUAAAAUUGUUUUUUUUUUAAGUGUUCCUAAUCGCAUAUGAAGGAAGAAAAGAAAGAGAUGAGGUUGUGUCACGGCACUUGCUUAUCUUCAAAUUUGUCUUUGUAGAGGCUAAGCAUGAUCUUUUUGUCAUAAGCGAGGCAAUAUAAUCUUUUGAAAUUUGUAGCCAUUGCUAUUUCAAAACUGCAAUGUAUUGUUCUUUUAGUUGUUGAACAUUCAUUCUUUGACAAA